AUGAAAAAGUGGAGAUUUCUACUCGGAUACGCGAGUGAAACAGGUCAAUCAAAAUCAAUUGCUCAAGGAAUCGUUGAUAUUGCAUCAGAGCAACAUAAAAUAUGUGCAGACUUGUUUGAAUUGGAUGAAGUUGAUAAACAAUUCAAAUUAGAAGAAGAAUCAGUCAUGGUUAUUAUAACGUCGUCAACCGGUGACGGUGAACCACCAAGUAAUGCAAGUAAAUUUUGGCGUAAAAUUCGUCGUGAAAAGAAAUCUGAUCUCCUUUCACAUAUGAAAUAUACUGUCUUAGGAUUGGGUGAUACAAAUUAUUCAAAUUUUUGUAAUUGUGGUCGUGUACUUGAUCGUCGUUUUGAAGAACUCGGUGCUUCUCGAUUCUAUCCUUCAGCAUGGGCUGAUGAUGCCGUUGGUUUGGAUUUAACAAUUGAACCUUGGCUUCAAGGUCUCUGGCCUGCAUUAAAAGAAACUCUAGCAAAACUCAACACGUCCAGCGAAUCAUCAAUCGAUAAUCUGUCCCAGUCUAUAGAUCAAAUUAAUUUUAAUCAAGAAAUUAAACCAACUGUAGAACGACAAUUAUCAUCAUGCAAUAAAUUAAAAUCCGAUGAAGAUAGUAUUAGUUAUUCAUCAAGUUUAGCUGAACUAACUACACUAACAUUACCACCGAAACCUACACAUUCAUUGUCAGUAAAACUCAUUGAAUCAUCUGAAGAAAGCAAUCAAGUACUGGAUGGAUCCCAAUAUCAUGCUGCAAAAUUAACACGUCGCGAAUGUUUAACACAUGAUGUUGCAAUAAAACCUGUGAUAUCGAUGGAAUUACAACUUUCUGAAGAAGAAUUCUUAUUCGAAGCUGGUGAUGCCAUUAAACUUGUUUGUGCAAAUGAUGAAAAUGAAGUUGAUCUUCUUUUAAAACGUUUAGAAUGCUUGGAUAAAGCAUCUCAUCGACUAGAGAUUUCUAUUUCACCUGAUAAUACAAAAAAAUCAACUAAAAUACCAGCAUACAUACCACCAAUGUGUUCAUUACGUUAUGCUUUAACCAACUGUAUUGAUAUUCGUUCAUCGCCAAGAAAAAAUCUAUUGAGAUUAUUUGUUGAUUGUACAACUGACGACGAUGAAAAACGUCGUCUUGAAGAAUUAUGUAGUAGAGAAGGUUCAGAAAUUUAUAUAAAAUAUAUUCUUGAAGAACAUUUAUCAAUUCUUGAUAUUCUAAAUCAUUUUCCAAGUUGUAAACCAGAUGUUGCAAUGCUAAUUGAAUUUCUAUCAUCAUUGAUGCCUCGAUUUUAUUCAAUCUGCAGUUCGCCACUCGAUGAUGCUCGAUCUAUUAAAUUCGUUUAUAGUGUAUUCAAUUUUGCUGCUUCAAAUGGUCGCACCUACGAACGAUUUGGUGUUUGUACGAAUUGGUUAAAUAAAAUAGAUAUCGGCACAAAGGUUUUAAUUCAAACAAGAAUUAGCCAACAUUUUCGAUUACCGUUAACUUUGGAUACUCCACUGAUUAUGAUUGGACCUGGAACAGGUGUAGCACCGUUUGUUGGAUUUCUUGAUCAUUUAUAUCUUUCUUCGCAAUCAAUUUCUGGUUUUGAUGUGAAUAAUUUGAAUACUUGGCUUUUCUAUGGAUGUCGUCAUCGAGAGCAUGAUUUUCUUUUUCAAGAGCAACUUCAAAUGUAUCAACAAAUCAAUGUACUCAAACAUUUAUUUAUUGCAGCAUCAAGAGAAGAAGGUUAUCCUUUUCGCUAUGUUCAAGAUCAACUCAAGAUCAAUGGGCAAGAAUUGGCAAAUUUAAUAUGCAAUCGCAAUGCGAUCAUAUUUGUAUGUGGUGAUAUAAAAACGAUGGUUCGUGAUGUACGAGAAACAAUAGCCAAUAUACUUAGAGAACAUACUGAAAUAACAAAUAUUGAUGAAUAUAUGAAAUCAUUGGAAACAUCUCGACGUUAUCUCCUUGAUAUUUGGAGUUAA